UGAAAAUGAAAUAUUUAUACAAAAUUCUUAUAAUAAUAUCAACUGUUCGCUCUUUAUCGAAAUUCGUAAGCGGAUAUAAUGCCGAAGCGGAAGAUAUUGAAGAUUACGAAAAUACAGGUGAAGAUGAAGAAGAAUAUAAGGAUAUGCAAAUGCUACCGGAUGAAUGCAUUUCAAUCGGAUUCAUGAAACUACAACGAAUUUGUACAUCUGUGACUCCAGAAGAUUUGAAAGAAAUGUACAAUGAUAAUUUAGUUAAAACCAAUGGUCCAUAUUCAGUGUUUCAAUUUCCCUAUGAAGAUACGAAUCGCUACUUCUUAACUUUCCACCGCAGUCCGUUACUUUAUUGCAAACAAUUAGAAGUGAUUGAUUUCAGAAAUUUUAAAUGCACCGAUGCGUUGGGUCAUGAACGUGACGUCAAGCUGAAAUCGGGCCUAAUAAAAUGUCUUGAUUAUCCGUCCGAAAUGGUUGAUGAACUUUUGCUUACUUGUUCACCGACAGAUUUGGGAAGCUCGGUGUUUUCAGCGUUACAUUAUGCCAAUUUGGUCGCAGAAAACCGCAACUCAGAUUGCAAUGCAUUGGCAUUAAGCUGGCUGUUACAGCUCGGAUCGGUGUUAGCGGUCGUGUGUGUGUACCAACAUUGCGCUAAUUUUGGUACAAAAUUCAAAGUGUCAUAAUGUAGCAAUUUUUGACAUUUCCAAAUGUUUAUGCAUGCUUGCAAAUAUACAUAUGUAUGUUUAUAUGUGGUUGGUAGGCAAUAAAGAAU